AUGAAUCUCGCACUAGGGGUUUUGGAUUUAGACCUAAGCAACUUGCAUACCAAAACCAGUCCUAUCUGUGAUGAAAGUAGUCAAGGACAACGUAACCCUUCGCCCUGCGAAAAAUCCUUGACGUUGCGUUACUUGCCAUCACCGGAACAUAUUUCACCGCAUCAGACGCCGACUAAACGUGUUCAUCCCACAUUACACCCAGGCAAGUCUCAUUUGGGCCUAGACCUACAACAGCUUGCUGAAGAAAAUCUGAAACAAUUUUAUGGAAUUGAUGUGAACAGAUGCACCGAUGUUUCGACAUUGCAACGCUUACUGGCUGAUGGUUUCCGUAACUUUCUCUAUACCACACAAUGGUACGAAUCUAUGUUGCAUGAACGCAAUAAAACGUUCGCACAUCGAUUAGGUGAGCUUAAAAAAUAUAUAGGCACUGGUAAGCUCCAUGAGGCUCCUAAAACAGUGGUUCCUGUGGCUCGGCGUAUGCGGUCUGGCAGCAUAUCAGCUGAGACUCCACGUCUUGUGACUGAUGUAGUUGAUGGUGGUGAUAAUAUAAACGGUACAAAGAGAGAAUUAGAGCAUUUUUCGCUUCAAACUGACCGUCUCAUGACUAUACACAUGCAUCCACAUGCACAGCAUUAUCACAAUAGAUUAAAUUUGACAGAAUCUCAACAGAGUACACCAGGUCUUGUCAAACCUUGUCGUAGUUUGUCUCGCCCCGUGUUGUUGAGGAAACCCCAUUCUGCGAGCUUGAUUUUCUCAAAUCAAAGGCUGAGGAAUCGAUCAGGCACCCCUGUACCUCUCAGUAGCGGACGUAGAACACCUCUUUGGUACCCGCAACGCAAUACACAACUUUUACUUGCCCCUUCGUCUGCACGGUCCCGUCAGCAUGCAAGGCAUAGAAGCUCUGGUAGAAAAACAACCAAAGGUGAUGAUAGCACUCCCAUCACACAUCGUCCACCAUGCAUCUUUUCGUGCAAGGCUUCUGCUUCGAUGGCUAUAAAGGAUUCUAGACUUGGAGGAAUCGUAGGCUGCUCUGAUAUGCGGCGUCAAUCUGCAGGGGCUCAUUCUUCGCGAGAAAAAAAGCGCCUGCGCUGUACCUAUCCGCGCCGUCAAGUAGAUUGA